AUGAACCCCCCAAAAAGAAGAAAAGACGCGCAAGUUAGCGUCUUCUUUCAAAGCAAUGCUGCACCAAAAUUCUGCCAAAAUUACAACUAUUCCACCAACAACCUCAGACUUUCAGGAAGCUCGCAUAUCGGCUACGCCUUUGAUGCAUUCCGUCUUAUUCACUCCAUUUCCGAAGCCCAGAGCUUGAAAGAUGUCACUUUGAAUGACAUUAACUCAGGUGGCUUUCCUUACGUCAAGAGUCAAUGUCGUCAGUUCGAAGCCCUUAGGCAGUUAAUGCGUAGCCGAUGGUGGGAUCGGAUGUGGACACUUCAAGAAGUUGUGAUUCCCCAAAACUUGACUCUCAUAUAUGGGUCAUGUGUCUCAACUUGGAACAUGUUCCUACAGGCUGCAAACAAUAUUUCCAAUUUGCAGACUUUAUCAACACCUACUCUCUUCCAAUCCGAUUACGUUAAGGUCCUUGCGUCAUUCUUUCAAACAAUCCUUGACAUCGAGCACAUGCGAAAACGUUGGGUGAGCAAAGAGGAGACAUCUCUUCUUCCACUGCUUCGCCUUGUCCGAAGCCAGCUGCCGAUAAAACCUGACUAUACGCUCGACGUCACAGAGGUAUUCCAGGGAACCGCUCUAGGGAUAAUGAAAACUGUCAAAAACCUAAGCGUCCUAAACGGAGACAUUGGGAGAAAAUCUCGUCGAGACCUCCCUUCAUGGGUUCCAGAUUGGACUGCAGAAUAUCACGAACUUGACCGGCGGCGUGCUGACACAGCAGGACUAUACCACACAUGCCCUCAAAACUCUGUCUAUAUUGAAUACGAAGAUGAUUCAUUCUGUUUCAGUGGAACACGCGAUCAUCUAUGCGAAUUAAAAAUGAAACAGAAAACUACUCUUGGGGAGGAAUCCACAGUCGUCGAUCAGAGAAUUCAGAGAUUCCUAUAUUCACUGGGUUAUAUUUGGGGCUUUGAGAAUUGCAACGAGGUUCUCGGACAUUCCGACUGGACAAAGUUUCUGAACCCGGAAACAAGAGAUGCUGCGAACGAUCUAUCCGAGUCGGAUUGUUUGCAAGCCGUAGAGAACUUCCUUAUUGCACAAUACGGGCUGGCCCAUGUGACAAACUAUCGAAAUGGCGCACUGCGUCUUUCCGGUCACAGUUUGGGCACUGUACUAAGCGCUGGCCCGGUGCCUUUCGGAGAAAUCGACCUGAAUCCAGUCAUUCAGUCUUGGAUAUUGAUGCUUUCCAAGCACCUGGGGACACAUGAGAAGUGGAUUUCGUUUUUGACUACCUUAUGCGCCGGCAUUAUCUACACCAAAAGCGACAGUUCCCCCCAGUGUCGACGCAUCCGCCCAGAGGAGAUCAAAGAAAUUGCUAUUUGGCUUUUCCACCAGCCGGAUGCACCUUUGGGAAAGGAUGAGGUGGCGAAAAAUGACCUUCUUAUACCUUUUCGAGUUGAUAUAGAACACCGUUUCAACGUGACAAACAUUCCGUCGGGAAACCAUGAGAUUUUGGACGUUGGCUAUAGCAUACACAUGGCAACGAGGCAACGCACGUUCAUUGUAACCAGUGAAGGUGAUUUUGGACUGGUACCCUCGCAAACAGCCGUCGGCGAUUUUAUAUAUUAUUUACUUGGGGGAUCAACACCCUUCGUACUUCGAAGAUCCGGGUCUUACGACUUACCUAUGAGUCCAAUACCGCCAUUUUCGGGUGGGGUGCAGACAACGUGCUUUCAGUUGUUUGGAGAUUGCUUUUUGUACGGUUUUAUGGAUGGAGAAGCCAUGUCCAACUGGAGUGACUUGGUAGCGACAGCAGUGUGCCGAACGGAACUGUUCGAGGCAGGCCGGGAGAAAAAAAAAUUUCCGGCUUACUUUCAGAGCUAUCCCAAGCCAAAUAUCGCACACAGAAUCAAUUAG